AAUGCGCCACAGCGGGUUCCGGUCACCGCGUCGGCGGCAAAGGCGGCGGAAUGGAGGAGGUUCCUCACGACUGUCCAGGGGCCGACAGUGCCCAGGCGGGCCGAGUGGCCUCAUGUCAGGGAUGUCCCAACCAGCUGCUGUGUGCUUCGGGAGCCGGCACCGCUCCGGACCCGGCCAUAGAGGAAAUCAAAGAGAAAAUGAAGACCGUGAAACACAAAAUCUUGGUGUUGUCUGGGAAAGGCGGCGUUGGGAAAAGCACAUUCAGCGCCCACCUCGCCCACGGCUUAGCAGAGGAUGAAAACACACAGAUUGCUCUUCUAGACAUCGAUAUCUGUGGGCCAUCAAUUCCCAAGAUAAUGGGAUUGGAAGGAGAACAGGUUCACCAGAGUGGCUCGGGCUGGUCCCCUGUGUAUGUUGAAGACAACCUGGGGGUGAUGUCGGUGGGCUUCUUACUCAGCAGUCCCGAUGAUGCUGUUAUCUGGAGGGGACCGAAGAAAAACGGCAUGAUCAAGCAGUUCCUCCGUGAUGUGGACUGGGGAGAGGUGGACUACCUCAUCGUGGACACCCCACCCGGGACGUCGGAUGAACACCUCUCUGUCGUCCAGUACCUGGCUGCAGCCCACAUCGACGGGGCAGUGAUAAUCACCACUCCUCAGGAGGUAGCGCUCCAGGAUGUCCGGAAGGAAAUCAGCUUCUGCCGCAAGGUGAAGCUGCCCGUCAUCGGGGUGGUAGAGAACAUGAGUGGCUUCAUCUGCCCCAAGUGCAAGAAAGAAUCUCAGAUCUUCCCUCCCACGACCGGGGGCGCCGAGGUCAUGUGCCAGGAGCUGAAGCUCCCCCUCCUGGGCAGGGUGCCUCUGGAUCCACACAUAGGUAAGAGUUGUGACAAAGGCCAGUCUUUUAUGAGUGAGGCACCGGAUUCCCCAGCCACAUUAGCCUACAGAAGUAUAAUUCAAAAAAUCCAAGAGUUUUGUAGUCUCCAUCAGUCAAAGGAAGAGAACCUCCUCAGCUCCUGAAACAUGGGAGCAUGUUGAGGACCCAAGAAGUUACCAAGCCAAGGAACAUGCUGCAGACCUGGUCAGCUGGGGGACAAGGCGGGGUCCACGGCAAAAAGGGACCAGACACUGUCAUGGUUUGAAGUCACUUUCUCAGAGACACUUUAAUCAUCUACUAUUUGUACACUUUUCUUUAGAACAUACUUAAAGGGCAUUCUUUACAAAUGUGCCAUUUUAAAAAUAAAAACGUCUCUU